AAGAAAAAAACAUCACACUGACAGUCAGACAUGGUGGUAUUAAGUCUCACUUCACAACGUUCUGGAGGAAUGUCAGUAAUACUGGCUGUAGGGGGUACCACCAAUGGAAUUCAAACACAUACCAUUGAUGCAAGCAGGGAAUGUGAUCAAUGUCAAAGGUGCCACUUUUACUUCUAACUUAUUAAAAUCCCCAUCUUAUCUGGGAAAUGAAAAUUCUUUAUUUAAUCUUAAUUUUAGUAGACACAAAAUAAUACGUUCUGCAGCCAAGUCAGAAGCUCUUUAAACUGGCCAUCUCAGUGAUCAGUUUUCCUAGCGGCUCUUCAUGUUGGGGCUCUCCGCUUACAUUAUUCAUACGGAGGAGGGUGUGACUUGCUGGCUCUUUUUCCGCCUGUAUAAAGCGAGAAGUUUGCGCAAAAGAAAACACAGAUGGAGAAGGUCAGUCGGCUCGCUGUGUCACAGAGAGUCCCCUUAAGCCCGUGUGACAACUCCCUCACUGUCCCUUUGUGAUAAGCUUAAUCACAAUAAUGCCCGGUCUCUGCGCGUUUUGUCUCGCCGUCGCAUUGGCUGCGCUCGCCCGACUCACGGGCUCCGUGGGACCGGUGGUCCAAUGUGAGCCGUGUGACGCCAGAGCGCUGCAGCACUGCAAACCGCUGCCGAAGAACUGCGCGGAGAGUGUGAGGGAGCCCGGCUGCGGCUGCUGCAUGACUUGCGCCCUCGGCGAGGGACAGGCUUGUGGAGUGUACACUGCGCGCUGCGGCUCCGGCUUGACCUGCAAGCAUCAGCCCGGAGAGAACCGUCCUUUGCAAGCUCUUUUGGAGGGACGAGGGGUAUGCACCAGCGCAACAAAAAAACUCAACAGCUAUCUUAAGCCGGCGCAAAAACCAGAAAAUGCAGGAAAUCAGGUGGAUGACUGCGCUAAUGUGACCGAGACCGUGACAGUUUUGCCUGCUGAGGCAACUGUGAACGAUGGACACAGCCCAGGGUCAAUGAACACUAGGCCUCCGCUGCACAGCAGACUGAUCCAAAAGGCAGAGAAUAGGAAGACGCAGAGCUACAAGGUGGAACCUGUGUUGGGAGGAGUCAGUAAGAACAUGCACAACUUCUCCCUGGAGAACAAGAGGGAGACUGAGUAUGGGCCAUGCCGACGGGAGAUAGAAAGCAUCAUUAACAGUCUGAAGAUCAACAACGUGCUCAACCCUAGAGGCUUCCGCUUACCUAACUGUGACAAAAAGGGCUUCUACAAGAAAAAACAGUGCCGUCCAUCCAAAGGCAGGAACCGAGGCUUUUGUUGGUGCGUGGACAAAUACGGGCAGCCUCUCCCAGGCUAUGAUGACAAGCAGGGCAAGACGAAAUGCUAUCACCUGGAGAGUAAAUGAGGGGGAGGACAGAUGAGACAGCGCAUGGAUGGAGAGACAGAGGAGGAAAACAGCACAAAAAAGGGGGAAACGAAGAGAGGGAAUGAAAGAAAAAAGGGGAAAAGAACAAGGGCCUGUUUUUGUUCUGGCAUAUAGAUUGAUGUAAACAUUUGAAGGAACUUUGGACCUUUGGUUUCAGGUCCCAUUUCAGGGGUGGGGGAAGGACAGGGGUUAGGGGGAGGGGGUUGCGCACACCCUCCUGUCCUUUACAGCUAUCUGUCCCAUGCUUAAGGAACCUUCAUCCUUUCUUUAAAAUAUAUUAAAAAACAAUUAAGCUGAGACAGAACAGGAGGAAAGAAAAGAAUCAUAUCAUCUGCACUAUUCUUAAAGAGGGAGAGGAAGGAGGGACUUUCCCACUCACUUUAAAGAGGACUUGUUUAUGACUGUGACCCCCGCCCCCCUCCAAAACAGUCACACCAACACCGAUCUAUCAUGUGUGUGUAUGUUGUAAGUGUGUAACCGCAAGGUUUGUUUGUCUUUUAAUCCAUGAGCGCCUGCAUAACUUACGUUUUCACAGCUGCUUGUCUGUGCGAGAUGUUGUGUGAAAGCAUGCUUUCCCAAAACAGCUGUUCUUCCUUAAACCCUGCUCCUUCAAACAAUGCAGAAAAAGACAACACCUUCUGGCUCAGGGUCCAUUAUAUAAUGCAAGGUGUAUGGAAUGGCAGAGGUUUUUAUGUAGCACAUUGUCCUCCUUUGUUUUGCUUUUCUUUUGCUGCCUUUUUGCUGUUUGUCGCUGAUGUACAGGGUAAAUGGGUUGGAGUUAAAGUGCCUUAAAAUCUUGUAAUGCCUCCCUUUUCUUUCUGUCUCUUCAGUUCCCAUUGCAGUAAAACUGUUUAAAAUGUUGAGACUUGCAAAGUUUACAGCUUCCAUUAUUGCAGAAUGCAGCUUUUGUUUCACAAUUUCUGCAAACAUUUUUUUUAAUUUUGCAAACUUGCAUCCAUGGCAUGAUACAGUUCUUGAUUUCUAAGACAAUUCUAGAAUAAAAAGGUAGAUCAGAAGACCUCCUGCAAAGAUGUAAGGUAUUGCAUGCUCUGUUUAACUAGAUUCUGAGGAAAGGACAUUCAAAAUACCUCCCCAACCUAAUUGGUGGAUGUUCACUAAACGGAAAAGCCUUCUAAGUUAAUCACAUUAGUUCUCAUGAGUGCAUUAGGACGCUAGUUUGCUAAUUAGAAACUUUAUGGAAAACCUGAUUUAGGAUGGUUUCCUGGUAAAAGUGGAAGUUACAAUCUACCUAAAUUCUGCUUGCAUGUUUACACAUGAUAUUGAUUUUCCAUCCCAGUUUUUCCUUUUGAGUGCUGUUUUGGAAUUAACUGUUUUCUCAGACUGCGUUUUUUGUUCGUCCUUCUCUCUCAUUGUUCUUUCAGCUCUGAGGUCUUCCAGUCCUUAACCACACGCUAUUAUCAUCAGCUUGUCCUCUUUCUACCUAUGUGCCUGAUCCUGAUCCCUUUUCCCACCUCUUCCUGUCAGUGGUGCAGCAUGGUGUUGGCUUGUUUCUAUUUUUUUUUUUUCUUUUCUUUACGGGUCGAGUCAGGUGUGACUGUUUUGCUCUGCCACAGGUGCCAGCUGCCCCCUAUGCUUCAAGCACAAGCACUUAUAGCACUUUAGCUGCCCUGCACUUCACCAAUAUAUGCAGUUAAAGACAAUUGGACCUAUCUGUGUCUGCGUACCUUUCCAUGGUAAUGCCAAACGUAACAGUGUAAUAUUAGAAAACAAAAAUAUUCCACUGAGAAAACAGAAUGAAUGUUAAUUUACAAAUUUAAGCUGCAGUUCUCUGAAAAAGCUUUAAAGUACCCCUUUAUUUGUUUUUACUUCCAGGCAGACAGAUAUAGUCUUUGAUUAGCAGUUCUCCAGGCCUUCUGAGGGCCUUUUUGAAGUUUUUCUUUGAAAUUUAACAAUUUGUAUGUCCAGUCUUCACCACUAUAAUGUAUUGUGUGUGUGAUAUCUCGUAAAAUACUUUGAUGUUAAAAUGUUCAACACCUCAGUGCCAAAAUAGGGUAAUUAAGGACCAUUUUGCAUUUGUUCCAUUUUUUAAAAGUUUUUAUUUUAAUUAAAUGUUAGAAUUUUGAAAGGUCAGUAAAGUUGCAUGAAUGUUCCCCUGCCCAUGUAAGCUACCAUUUGUUUUAUAUAAAUAACAUACACAAUAUUUAUAAAACCUCAGAGGAAUGAUUAUAUAGGCGAUUCUUUAAAGAACGAUGCUAAGAAUCCAGUUUGGUCAUUAACAGAUAUGUUGUGAAAACAAAUUUUUGCACCUCUCCACCAGUAUUAUACUGAGUUUUGGUGGAGUGAAAUGGAUGCACCUCUGUUUGAGACGUAUCUAUGUGGACUCCGUUUCCGCUGAAUAUUAGAAACAAGCACGUUGAGGCCUAUAAUAAUUUGUAUGUUACAAAUCAUAGCAACUAAAAUUGUUUCAAGAAAACCUUUCAAACCUUUAGCCUAAUAAUGUUUUAGCUAUGUUCACAGGCUUUUUCUUUUUAAUUUUGCAGUUUUACAAGCUACUUAGGAAGGGAAAAGUGGGUGUUUGCUGUUGUGAAAGUAGUGAUGAAUCCCUCAAAGACAUUAGAAAAGACAAAUUUGCUCAAUGGCCAUGCGCAUGUAACUAUCGGUGACACUGUAGCAGAAUAAUGCUGUGGGAGUGACAGAAAGUGGUUAAAUAUACCUUAAAUAUGUUUUGAACUAAGAAUGAACUUUUUUUGCAUCAGUGGUGUAAUAAGUGACUCGGAGUCUGAAUAUGGACAGGUUAAGACCUCUAUCUCAGACUGCGGUUGGGAGGGAUUGCUCUAGAAACACUUGGCCAACUGUGGGUUCUUUGAAAUGGAGAAGAGAGCACCUGCUGCUUAUUGAAAAGCAUAGGAAUGAUGCAUGGUUUCACAUAACAGUCUUCGAUAACACCUGAAAAACUCACUUUUUCACUUCGUUUUUUUAAUUUUUCAUAGAUUGUACAACAGCAAUUAAAAUAGGUUGUCUCUAUGACAUUUGGAUAGGUCCAAUCUGCCUGAAAUCUGCUCAGUGUUUGUUUCAGCUAACGUAACUUAAAUCAUAACUCUUUCACCACUUUGCUUUACAGUUGAAAGAUUGUUCUCCUAAAUAGGAAGUUGCUGGUUUAUGCAAAACAAUGUCAACUGGUAAUAUGACCAAACAAGUAUAAAGAAAACAAGUAUAAAUAAAAACCGAGAGAACCUGGAAAAAUGAUCAACACUACUUUAAAACACAUUGCAGGAAAGUCUUGGAGGCUAACUAUGAAGCAAAUGAGGGUGGUUUAAAACGUUUGGACUGUCGUGUAAACCAGGUCUUCUGGCAGCAAACAUAAACAGCCCCUUGGAGUUUUUUUUUCCAUUCAGUGCAUCUAUUUUUUCUCCUUUGUUUUUAUUGUUGGCGCUUUUGUUUCUUUGAAAAAAUGCUUGUGUGAUUGCAUGCCAAAAAAUCUCCACAAGGUGGACGCAGCACCAAAAAGGCAUUCACACACAUGGCAGGGGGUCUUACAGAGGUGGUGCAGGCCUCUCCGUGCAGCUUCCUGCCCCAUGCUCUUCCACAUCCUGUGCACAGACUUGAAAUGUGGAGAGACAGCUGAAGAGAGCCUGCCCAGUAGCUCAGUAGCACCACAUCGACUUAACACGCUCAGAUGGUGGCAACUUCCAACAAGCCUGUUGGUGCUAUAUCCCAUCUAUUCAAAGACUUGAUGCAAGGGGAGGAACAAACAGAAAACUUUAAGCUAUUCGCUCCCUAAUAUUUGUACGUGUCUUUUUAUAUAUUAUUAUUAUUAUUUUUAUUAUUAGUAAUGUUUCCUGGCCAGCUUCAUAUCUGACUAGACAUCUGUACAGUACUUAAAAAUAAAACAUAUUUAUCUAUGAAAGAAUAAUAAGCUGAUCCAAAGUAGUUUUUCUUAUGAAGAAUUCAGUGACUCACCGAUUGCACAGCACAGUCUAUAUGAUUCAGUGUAUUUUUGGGGACUAUAAUCACUAAUGAAUGUUUUCUUCUUAAAGAACUGUUUCCUUCUGUUGCCAACCUCCGCACCCUUUGGGCAAAACCGUGUCAGUUUGGCAUUCAGGUCAUCCAUGUUCAUUGGCCCUUAAGGACAGUGAACCUCCCACAACAUCACUUCCCUCCAUGCACACCCAGCCAUCGCGCCUCUACCAGUCAGCGCAGAACCAGGGUCACAUUUCUGUACCAUCACAUUUUAUUUUGUUACCCCCUGCUUCCUAAACAUGGAGCUCUCUCUGUUCACAGGUAUUGUAAUGUUUUAUCCAAGCUUCUCGUGGUGCAAACUACAAAUCACAAGACUAAUUUUUUUCCUGAGAAGAAAUGAUUUUACAUCAAAAUAUACUUUAUAUUUGAUGUCAUUUUUUAAAUAAUAAAUGAACACAUUUUAAGA